AUGGCGACGACGGCGGCGCAUCUCGCGCCUCCGCCGCGCGCGUGUCGCUCGUUCAGAAGCGCGGGCCGCCGCCGCCGAAUCGCGCGCGCGUCGGCGACGUCGAGAACGCGCGCCGCGUCGUCGACCGAGAACGCCGCCGCAGACGUCGCGGAGGGCAGCGCCCCGGGGCCUCCUCCCGAGACGUCGGACGCGACGCGCGCGACGCGCCUCGUCUCCCCCUCCGGCGGCGUCGUCCACCUCGUCGGCGUCGCGCACGUCCUCGCGACCGACGCCGCGGCGGACGUCCGCGCGCUCAUCGAGCAUCACCGCCCGCGCGCGGUCGUCGUCGAGCUCUGCGACGAGCGAUGGCGCUCCAUCGCGUCGGCGUCCUCCUCCUCCUCCUCCUCCUCCUCCUCCUUCGCCGGCUGCGCGUCCGCCGUCGUGCCGAGGUCCGUCGCGAUCGAGGGCGUCCCGUCGCUGCGCGACGACGGGAAGACGCACCUCCCCGGCGCGUCCCCGAACGAUCUCCUGCUGACGCUGCGCACGAUACGCGGCGUGGUCUCGACCCCCGACGACGUCGCGCGCGACGUCGAGACACUCCGACGCGGCGGAUUCUUCUCCGACGUCCGCGCGGACGUCUCCGACCCCGACGACCCCGGCGACGCCGCGCCGCCUUUGUACCGCGCGAUGGGACGCGGCGCGGACGCGAUCUACGAGCUCGCGGACGGCGUCGACGUGACGUUCCGCGCGACGGUGGACGACGACGUGCGCGUCAUGGCGGAUGUGCGGUUCGAUUGGGCCGAGGACGCGCUCGCGACGCUCGGCGGAGAGGCGCGGCGCGAGGCGUUGGAGGCGAAGAUGUUGCUCCACGCGGGCGACGCGAUCGCGCGGACGGAGGAGGAGGAGGACGAGCGGUGGGAGGGGAUGAAGCUCCUCGCCGCGCUGAGGGACGCGGCGAGGGACGUCACGCGCGACGCGUUCGACGUCGCGACGGAGAACGUCGCGGCGGAGGACGAGGGCGACGACUUCGGCGGGGGGGUGACGUGGGUGAUGAUCGGCGACGACGACGGAAACGAGGGCUCGAAGAUUGAGAAGAACUUGAAGAAGAAGAAAAAAAAGAAGAAGGGGAUUUGGGCCGCGUGGCGGGACGCGAGCGGGGCGGCGUCCGAAGCCCCGAGCCGCGCGCGUCUGUAUCUCGCCGCGUCGGAAUUUUCGCAGACGAUUCUCGGGGACGCCGUCGACGCCGGGGGCGCGCCGCCCGGGCACGAAGCCGUCGCCGCGAUCGCGGCGGCGAUGGAGAACGGCGUGGAGAGGAUCGUCCUCGGCGACGCGCUCGCGUCCGAGACCGCGAGCGCGGUCGCGGCGGCGAUCGACGAAAGAGGCGGCGCGUUCGCCGGCGUCGCGCUCGCCGCCGGGACGGCGUUCGACGCUUUGCGCGUCGCGGCGUUGACGUCCCCGGAGGAUUUAAACCGCGCCGUUCGAGCCGCGGUGGCGGGGAAGAGCGCGGGGAACGGUGAUAGCGACGGCGACGUGGCCGGCGGCGGACUCGCGAGUGCGACGACGCCGCCGUGGCUCGUCGACGCGUUGAUCACGACGAGGGACGAGCGUCUGUUUCGCGCGGCGUGGCGCGAAGCCGAGGGCGGCGGCGGCGGCGGCGACGGCGGCGGCGACGACGACGUCGCGUUUCCAGUCUUCACCCCGACGUCCAGGCCGAGGUGUCUGGACGACGAAUACGACGCGUUAACGUAUUACGCGUACGACGCGAACGGCGGCGCGGGCGCGGGCGGCGGCGGCGUCGUCGUCGCCGUCGUCGGCGCGGCGCACUUCGACGGCGUCGUCGCGCGAUGGAACGACGCGGCGCGCGUCCGGACGCAGGAGUAG